AUGCGUGGACUUGCCCUCCUUACGGGCCUCGUUGGCAUUGCCAAUGCUGCCUGUCCUUACAUGACGGGUGAGGCAUCUGGCCUGCAUCGUCGUGACGAGGGGGAUGCCGCUGCAGGCACUGAAGAUUUCUUGUCCAAUUUCUAUUUGAACGACGAGGACGCUUUCCUGACCUCGGAUGUUGGCGGUCCCAUCGAAGACCAGAACAGCUUGAAGGCUGGAGAGCGUGGGCCCACUCUCUUGGAGGAUUUCAUCUUCCGCCAAAAGAUCCAGCGUUUUGAUCAUGAGCGAGUUCCUGAACGUGCCGUCCAUGCCCGUGGUGCCGGUGCCCAUGGUGUAUUCACUUCCUACGGUAACUGGUCCAACAUCACUGCUGCUUCGUUCCUCUCUGCGAAGGAUAAAGAGACUCCUGUCUUCGUUCGCUUCUCGACCGUCGCCGGAAGCCGCGGAAGUGCUGAUACCGCUCGUGAUGUACACGGCUUUGCAACUCGUUUCUAUACCGACGAAGGAAACUUUGAUAUUGUUGGCAACAACAUUCCCGUAUUCUUCAUUCAAGAUGCCAUCAAAUUCCCUGAUUUGAUCCACGCGGUGAAGCCUCGGGGCGAUAACGAAAUCCCUCAGGCAGCGACUGCGCACGACUCUGCUUGGGACUUUUUCAGCCAGCAGCCCAGUACUCUGCACACCCUUAUGUGGGCAAUGGCUGGCCACGGUAUUCCCCGGUCCUUCCGACACCUUGACGGUUUUGGUGUGCACACUUUCCGUCUAGUCACCAGUGACGGUGAAUCCAAGUUGGUCAAAUUCCACUGGAAGGGCCUGCAGGGCAAGGCCAGUCUUGUGUGGGAGGAGGCACAGCAGGUGUCUGGUAAGAAUGGGGACUUUAUGCGUCAGGAUCUUUUUGAAGCUAUCGAAGCCGGCCGUUUCCCAGAGUGGGAGCUCGGUGUUCAAAUAAUGGACGAAGACGACCAACUUCGAUUCGGUUUCGACCUUCUGGACCCGACCAAGAUCGUUCCUGAGGAAUUUGUCCCCGUCACCAAGCUGGGCAAGAUGCAGCUGAAUCGAAACCCCAGGAACUACUUUGCGGAGACUGAACAAGUCAUGUUCCAACCUGGCCACAUUGUCCGAGGUGUCGACUUUACCGAGGAUCCCCUCCUCCAGGGUCGUCUCUUCUCCUACUUGGACACUCAACUCAACCGGAACGGCGGCCCCAACUUUGAACAGCUGCCCAUCAACCGCCCACGCGUCCCCAUUCACAACAACAACCGCGAUGGCGCUGGCCAGAUGUUCAUCCCUCUCAACCCGAAUGCCUACACACCCAACACGCUCAACAACGGCUCCCCCAAACAGGCCAACCAAACCGUCGGCAACGGCUUCUUCACCACGCCCGACCGUACCACCAGCGGGAAGCUACUCCGUGCCGUCAGCACUACCUUUGAGGAUGUCUGGUCGCAGCCGCGCCUGUUCUGGAACUCCCUAGUGCCCGCGGAGAAGCAGUUCGUUGUGGACGCAAUGCGCUUCGAAAAUUCCAAUGUCCGAAGCUCCAUCGUUCGCAACAAUGUCAUCAUCCAGCUGAACCGCAUCAGCAAUGACCUUGCAAAGCGUGUUGCCGAGGCGAUCGGUGUUGAUGCGCCCGAGCCCGACCCGACCUACUACCACGACAAUACUACGGCCAACAUUGGUGCGUUCGGACAGAAGUUGCUGAAUCUGGAAGGCCUGAAAGUCGGCGUUCUUGCCUCCGUUUCGAACUCAUCAUCCAUUGCGCAGGGUGCAACUCUGCAGGGCCUGCUCAAGGAAGUGGGUGUCGACGUGGUUGUUGUCGGUGAACGACUGGCCGAUGGUGUGAACCAGACUUACUCGGCAACCGAUGCCAUCAACUUUGAUGCUGUUAUUGUUGCAGACGGUGCCGAAGGGCUGUUCAACUCGAACUCUUUCACUGCAUCUCCCACGGCCAAGGCCUCCGGUGCGAGCUCGUUGUACCCAGCUGGUCGACCCUUGGAAAUCCUUGUUGAUGCUUUCCGUUUCGGAAAGCCCAUCGGUACCUUGGGCCAGGGCACCCAUGCGUUGGACGAUGCACAGAUUUCUGGUGAUCGGGACGGGGUGUACGUUGCCGAUGAGAUCGAUGAGGAUUUCGCCAACCAUGUCAAGGAUGGACUUCUCACAUUCAAGUUUUUGGAUCGAUUUGCGCUCGAUGAAUAG